UACCGCCAUUUUUAACGGAUUUUCCUUCUCUUCUUUUUUUUUUUUUUAAGAAAAGAAAAUGCCAAACAAACCCUAACUUUCUCUCUUUUAGCGAUCUUCAGGAUCAAAAAAGGCUAAGAUCAGUCUCAGUACCCAGAAGGGUUUUCAGUUUCUAGGGUUCCUCGAUCAAUGAAUCAUUGACGUUCUGUUUUUUUUUUUUUUUUAUACCCUUUUUCUUCCUGAAUUAGAUGACUCUCACUUUCCCUUCCUCGCUUUACUUUCUCUUUCUGCUGCUUAUCUUCUCUGCUUCGUCUUGUUCAUCUCAGUUGGAUUCGGAACUGGGUGCCCUCUUGGAGUUCAAGAAGGGUAUCAAAACGGAUCCUUUAGAUAGGGUCCUCUCUGUAUGGGACCGUACAGCUACACCGGCUACUUGGACUGGUGUUACCUGCGACUUAAAUUCUGGGUCUGUCACCGGAAUCGACUUAAGCGGCUUGGGUCUUACUGGGGACCUCAAGUUCAGCACUCUCACUCCGCUCAAGAACCUCCGGAAUCUAUCUCUUUCUGGAAAUGCAUUCAUGGGUAGGUUGGUGCCGUCAUUGGGCACAAUGACUUCGCUUCAGUACUUGGAUCUGUCAAAUAAUCAGUUUGUGGGCACGAUCCCAGCUCGGAUCACUGAGCUUUAUGGAUUGAAUUACUUGAAUUUGUCUCAGAACAAAUUUGAAGGAGGAUUUCCAGAUGGGUUUCGAAAUUUGCAGCAGCUAAGAGUGUUAGAUUUGCACGGUAAUGCAUUUUUGGGUGACGUUGGUGACUUAUUGAGUCAAUUAAGGAAUGUAGAACAUCUGGAUUUGAGUUACAACAGGUUUUAUGGGGGUUUACCAGAUGCUGUGGAAAACAUUUCAAGCUUGGCCAAUACUGUCCGAUAUGUGAAUUUGAGUCACAACCAGUUGAAUGGUGUAUUUUUUCUGCGGGAUGAAAUUGCAUUGUUUAGAAACCUGGAGGUUUUGGAUUUGGGUGAUAGUGGGAUUAGUGGAGAGCUUCCUGGUUUUGGGUCUUUGCCAGUAUUGCGGGUUUUGAAGUUGGGAAACAAUGAGCUCUAUGGUGCAGUGCCUGUCGAGUUGUUGCAGGGAUUGGUUCCAUUACAGGAGUUGGAUCUCAGUGGCAACGGAUUUACGGGUUCAAUUGAUGUAAUUAAUUCUACGAGUUUGACUACUUUGAAUCUUUCAUCAAAUCAGUUAUCUGGCGAUUUGCCCUCUACCUUGAGAAGAUGCCUAAUGCUGGAUUUGAGCAGAAACAUGAUCUCUGGUGACAUCUCUGUUAUGCAGAACUGGGAAGCUUCUUUGGAGGUUCUUGAUUUGAGUUCAAACAAGUUGGCAGGAAGCCUACCAAACUUGACUUCUCACUUUGAGACUUUAAACACAUUUAAGCUUGGGAAUAAUUCCAUUGUUGGUAGCUUGCCUCCUCUAUCAGAUACCUGUCCACGAUUGUCUGUUGUUGACCUGAGUUUAAAUCAGCUUAGCGGACCCAUUCCUGGUAGUUUCUUCUCUUCAAUAACUUUGAAAGACCUGAAUCUUUCUAGAAAUCAUUUCGAUGGGCCAAUACCUCUUCAGGGUUCACGUGUGAAUGAAUUACUAGCCAUUCCUUCUUAUCCACAGAUGGAAUCUCUGGAUCUCUCCAGUAAUUCCUUUGUAGGUGGGUUGCCUUCUCAGAUAGGUGACAUGGAAAGGCUCAAGGUGCUAAAUCUUGCAAAUAACAGGUUAUUUGGCCACCUGCCAAGUGAAUUGAGCAAAUUGACCAACUUGGAAUACCUUGAUUUAUCUGGAAACGAAUUCAACGGUGAAAUUCCUGAUAGGCUUUCAUCCAACCUAGUUGAAUUUAAUGUCUCCAACAAUGAUCUAUCAGGUUCUAUUCCAGAAAACUUGAGACGCUUCCCUAAGUCUUCAUUUUGUCCUGGAAAUGUAAUGCUAAAUCUCUCUGGACUCAGGCCUUCCUCAACCCCCAACCCUGACCGAGGACAUCAUAGGUCAAAGGGUAAUAUCAAAGUAGCGAUAAUUGCUGCCUCAGUUGUUGCAGUGAUGAUGAUUGCUUUGGUUCUAUUUGCCUAUCAUCGGGCACAUCAUAAAGAUUUUCAUGGAAGAACUAGAUUUUCUGACCAGAUUACCGGGAGAGAUUCAAAAAUAGGAAGGUCUUCACGGCCUUCUGCUUUCAAAUUCCACUCAAAUAUUCAGCACUCACAAACUUCAUUGAGCUUUUCGAAUGACCACUUGCUUACUUCAAAUUCGAGGUCAUUAUCUGGACAGCAAGAGGCUAUUACUGAAAUUGUUGAACAUGAUGCUCCUCAAAGAGUGGUUUCAGCAUCUGCAUAUCCUAAUUUGCUAGAUGAUCAGCCUGCAACAUCUGCAAUGAAAUCAUCUCCUGGUUCUCCAUUACCAUCAUCACCACGUUUUAUUGAAGCAUGUGAACAGCCUGUAACAUUGGAUGUCUACUCACCGGAACGUUUGGCAGGAGAACUUUUCUUCCUUGAUUCUUCACUGGCAUUCACUAUUGAGGAGUUAUCUCGAGCUCCAGCAGAAGUUCUUGGAAGAAGCAGUCAUGGGACUCUUUAUAAAGCCACUCUCCGUAGUGGAUAUAUUUUGACUGUGAAGUGGUUGCGGGUUGGACUGGUUAAGCAUAAGAAAGAAUUUUCUAGGGAAGUUAAAAAGAUAGGGUCUUUAAGGCAUCCAAACUUUGUUCCAGUGCAAGCUUACUAUUGGGGACCAAGGGAACAAGAGAGGCUUCUUCUUGCUGACUACAUCCAAGGCGAUAGCUUGGCUCUACAUCUUUAUGAGACUACACCUCGGAGAUACUCCCCAUUAUCAUUCAGCCAAAGACUAAAAGUUGCUGUGGAAGUUGCCCGAGCUCUGUUAUAUCUUCAUGAUAGAGGCCUCGUACAUGGAAACCUAAAGCCAACCAAUAUAGUCCUUGCUGGCCCUGAUUACAAUCCUUGCCUCACUGAUUAUUGUCUUCACCGUCUAAUGACAUCUGCUGGCAUUGCAGAGCAGAUACUGAAUUUGGGAGCACUUGGGUAUUGUGCUCCAGAACUGGCCACUGCAUCUAAACCAGUCUUGUCACUCAAGGCCGAUGUGUAUGCAUUUGGAGUGAUCCUUAUGGAAUUGUUAACCAGAAGAAGUGCUGGUGACAUAAUCUCAGGUCAGUCAGGAGCAGUAGACCUCACAGAUUGGGUUCAGCUGUGUAAUCAAGAAGGACGAGGAAUGGACUGUGUUGACAGAGACAUUGCAAGUGGGGAAGAGCACACCAAAGCCAUGGAUGACUUACUAGCCAUAUCACUGAGGUGUAUUCUUCCUGUAAAUGAGAGGCCUAACAUCAGACAAGUCCUAGACGAUCUUUGUUCAAUAUCUGUUUGAUUUUGUACAUGCGUCUUGGAAUUCAUUUUUGUCGUUCCUUGACCCAGUUGUUGUUGAUCAUUUUUUCCUUCUUAUUUUCUUCAUUAAUUGGUUUUCUGAAUCUAGCCUCAUGAAUUUAGGCUAUUCAUCAGAUUUUUCAUUUUUCUGAAAAUUUUCUUGUAAAGUUACAACUGAUAUCCAUUGAUUAUUUGAC